AGCCCUCAGCGUUGCCCAAGCAAAACCUCACCGGACUUUUCGCCUUCACGAUCACCACCCGCGACUUGCACCACCGCCAACAUGCCUUCAGGACAAGGAGCCGGUACCAACCCAAUUCACAACAAGAAGCCUAAGGCUGCGAAGAAGGAGCUUGACGAAGACGACAAGGCCUAUCUCGCAAAGCAGCAAGCCGACAAGAAGGCACGCGAGGAGCUAGCCAAGAAGGCUGGCGGAAAGGGCCCUCUGAACACCGGCGGUCAGGGCAUCAAGAAGUCUGGCAAGAAGAAGUGAGUGUGCUACGGUGAAUCUGUUCGCGGACGGAUGGACGAUUGAACGAACGAUUAUGCGGAUACCACGGUGUUUAUCAUAGCGCAGCGGGCUUAUGCCUUCUGUGUGGACUGAAUAAGAUACGUCAUUUGGGAUGUAUUCCUAGCUUGUGUCUGCUUCAUACGGAAACCUUUCUCUUGUGAUUGUAUCCUGUGGCGUGGAACGUUGUGCCCCGGACCAGGAAAACCGCC